AUGUCGAAGGCCAAUGUCGUCCAGGUGAAGAACGUCGCAUCUGCGACCACCGACAAGGAGAUCAAGGACUUCUUCAGCUUCUGCGGCAAGAUAACCGAUAUCCAGGUGUCGCCUGAUGGCGAGUCCAAAUCUGCCACUGUGACUUUUGAGAAGGACACCGCCGCCAAGACGGCGCUGCUCCUCAACAACACGCAGCUCGGCACCAACCACAUCACUGUGACGGGCGGCUCGCAUGCCGACGAUGAGGCCGGCCAUGCCGAGCCACAGCAGCGCGACUCGGACGAGCUGACCCAGGAGGAGAAGCCCCGCGCCCGCAUCUUUGCCGAGUACCUGGCCCACGGCUACGUCAUUGGCGAUGCUGCCCUCCAGCGCGCCAUUGAGCUUGACCACAAGCACGGCGUCAGCUCGCGCUUUGCCACCACGCUCAACAACCUGGACUCCAAGUACCACGCCACCGACCGCGCCAAGUCGGCCGACCAGUCGUACGGCAUCAGCCACCGUGCCAACGGCCUGCUGACGGGCCUCAGCUCGUACUUUGAGAAGGCCUCCAACACGCCCACGGGCCGCCGCAUCGUCGACUUUUACACGCAGGGCCAGCGCCAGGUGCAGGACAUCCACGCCGAGGCGCGCCGUCUGGCGGACAUCAAGAAGGAGGAGCACGGCGGCAGCGCCUACAAGGCGGCCGGUCUGAACAAGAUCUUUGGCGAGGAGAAGAAGGCGCCGGCCGGCACCGAUGCGACUGCUUCUGGUUCCACGGCCGCCCCUGUCGUCUCUGACGCCGGCGCGGCUCCGACUGGCACUACGGGCGCACCGGUGCCCUCGAACGCUCCCAAGUUCGACCCUCCCCCGACUGCCCCCAAGUCGUAA